AUGGAGAUCGGGCAAAUAAUUGUAUUGGUCAUUGUAUCUGCGAUCUUCAUAACUGUGGGUUCAGUGUGGAUCUACUGCUUUCUUACGUCGUUCCUCGGUUUAUGCUCAGAUGGUCUUUGUUUCAGGCGAAGACGAAGAUCUCCGCCGCCGCUGCCUUCUUGGACUGCACCUCCGCCGCCGUUUCCAUCUCGGACUGCGCUGCCGCCGGCGGCCCCUCGUAGUAAUGUGGAGAUGGGCAGUAAGGAUGGCGGUAUAGUCAUGCUGGUGGCUGCUGACGCGGUUGGUGUUGGUGCCACAGCUGGCCACGGCGGAGGCGGAGGCGGGGGGUGUGGCGGCGGAGGAUGUGGUGGUGGAUGCGGUGGCGGAGGAGGGGGCUGCGGUGGUGCUUUAUGA